UAAACCAAUAACCAUUAUACACAUAUGCAGGUGACCAGAUCUAGCUGCCACAUGGAUUACUAUUUAAUCUAAUUGUUAAUUAAAAAUAUUCUAAAGUCAAUUUUCUAUAUUAUUACUACCUUAUAUUACAUCACACCCUUAUAAAUAUCAAAACUUAUCACCCUCAUAAAUCUCUCUUGUCAUUCCUUUGACACAAAACUUCAACAUUGUCACAAAAAGGUUUCAUAGUUUUUUUCUUCGUGUUCGUAUCGUAUCUGAUGUCUGAUUUUAUAUAUAUAAAUUUUUUAUAAAGUUUUUAGGUUUUCUUAGUUCUGUGAAAAAAUUGUUGGACAACACAGAAAAAUAAAUAUAUAUGGGAAAUUGUUGCGCGCCGUCGUCGAUGGAAUGGGCGGGAGACGAUUGGGGUUCAUUGACAUCGAAACAUAAUCCUAGGAUGAAUUCAAGCAAGGUGUUUGAUGAAGUUCAUGGAGUGAGUUCAGAGAAGAAAGAGAAAGAGAAAGAGAAGCUUUUAGGUGCAUUAAGAGCUUCUUCGGAUGGUAAUGGGAAAGUGAAGAUUAAGAUAUCGAAGAAAGAGCUUGCAGUGUUGUUGGGAGAGAGAAAGGAGCAAGGUGUUGGAGGAGGAACAGGACAUGCUUCAGCUGAACAAGUUUUGGUUGGUUUGUUAAAUGCAAGAGAUCAUGUUAACCAUGAUGUUCAUCAUAGGACAUGGAAGCCUGUGUUGCAGAGUAUUCCUGAGGUUAAUUGAUAAGGUUUAAUGUUGGUGGUGGUGUGGGGUGUGUAUAGUAAAAGUUGGUUGAGGAAAAGUUUGGGAAGUUUUUACUUGUACAAAAUCAGCUAAGCUAUAUAUACUCAGUAAAUUUUUUUAUUUAAUUUUUUUUCUCUGUUUUCGGUUUGUAUUCUAUUGUAAGAUAUACAUAGAGGUUGAGAAUGUUUAUUUACUUUUAUGAAGAAGAGAAAAACAAAGAAUGUUUUUUA